AUGCUGCGUAGUAUCACGAAACAAAAGAUGAUCUAUCUUCUGAGUACCAACAUCAUCACCCGAAGAUGCCAGAUCGUUUGUCUUUUUACCACCCUAGCUCAUCCGCCUCGUGGGGAUCAUGAGGCUCUUCACGUGGGCCAACAAUUUCAAUAUUCACGCAAACCGCGGAAGUGUUACCGGAAGACUCGCAACCAGUCCGCCAACCUCCGGUUAGGGACCUAUCGCAUUGACGAGGCGGAACGAUCACGACUUGUUAUGCCAGUAAACGAAUUGACAAUCGGCAAACUUUGUAUCGAACCCAUGGCUUCCAGUAGCAUGGAAGAGAGACCUGCCUGUAACCGCGCCCGGUCGACAUCAGGCUCCACCAGCGCCUCUUCGACGUCCGAGAUGCACGUCAAGAUCACCAAGCAAAUGCGCAUACAACAAGAUCGCUGGGCGGAAUGGCAACAGAAACAGAUUGCGCUGUUCCAAGAAGCCGCUAUGGCCCCAGACACCGAAGACUCCUUACGAAAACGAAUCACGUCGAAACGACCACAUCUUCACCUCGACAAAGUCUCGUCUACUCUACGAAGGCUUCGAGGUUAG